UUUUGACAAAUUCUAAUGAAGUUUAUAUGUAUAUAUAUAUUUACAGAUUCAGAUACAGGUGAUCUUUUGAUUAAAAAUGCAUCUCGGGCUUCCUCUGGCACAUACAAAUGUGUAGCUUCCAACAGAGUUGGUGCAGAUGAGUGUUCUCUUGUGCUGAAUGUCACCCCUCCGGUGAAUAGAGCUGGAACCAUUGCUGGAGCUGUAAUAGGGACUCUUUUAGGUCUCUGUUUACUAGCUUUUAUAAUCUUCUGUUGCUGCAAGAAACAAAGAGAGAAGAAAUACGAAAAAGAAGUGCAUCAUGAUAUAAGAGAGGACGUUCCUCCUCCGAAGAGUCGUGGUUCAACAGCCCGAAGCUAUAUAGGGAGUAAUCGCUCUUCUUUGGGUUCAAUGUCUCCUUCCAAUAUGGAUGGAUAUGCCAAGACUCAAUACAACAAAGUACCAAGUGAAGACUUUGAGCGUACUUCUCCUCAGAAUCCAAAUUUUCAACCACCAAAGGUAGCUGCAACCUAAUCUAAGUAGAAUGGG